AGUCCUCCCGCUCCGCCGCCCGCGCCGGGACCCUCCGCUCCGCUCCCAGGGUGGGAAGGUGACCCAUGCGCUGUGACCCAGGUGUGAUCUCUGACACACACACCCCGUCCACACCCUGAACCGGCCCGCGUCCGCCAUGGAGCUGCAGAAGAUGGAGGAGCAGGAGGGGCUGGAGAUGUUAAACGGGUCUGUCCCGGAGUGUGACAAAGCCAGCGGCCUGGAAGAUGGGGACCCCACAGUGGAGGUGACGGCGGCCGAGCAGGAGGGCUUCCUGCCCCACACCACCAGCAAGAAGCUGAGCCAGUUCACCGACUUCGAGGGGAAGACGUCGUUUGGGAUGUCGGUCUUUAACCUCAGCAACGCCAUCAUGGGCAGCGGCAUCCUGGGCCUCGCCUACGCCAUGAGCAACACGGGCAUUGCGCUCUUCAUCGUGCUACUGAUCUGCAUUGCCAUGCUCUCCGCUUACUCCAUCCACCUGCUGCUGAAAUGUGCCGGCGUCGUAGGGAUCCGCGCCUACGAACAGCUGGGUUACCGGGCAUUCGGCCCGGGCGGCAAGGUGGUGGCGGCGGUAGUCAUCUGUGUGCACAACACGGGAGCCAUGUCCAGUUACCUGUACAUUGUGAAAUAUGAGUUGCCUCUAGUGAUACAGACGUUCCUGGGCCUGACAGAGAACACCGGGAGCUGGUACAUGAACGGCAACGUGCUAAUUGUCAUCGUCAGCGUCUGCGUCAUCCUACCCCUCGCGCUCAUGAAACAUCUCGGCUAUCUGGGGUACACCAGCGGGCUCUCGCUGACCUGCAUGGUCUUCUUCCUCAUCUCGGUGAUCUACAAGAAGUUCCAGAUCUCCUGCCCGCUGAACGGGACCGAGCCUGCGACCCCCCUCGUCUACUACAAUGGGCACAACGCCAGCGCCGCCGGCACCGCUGGGGACGAGUGCACGCCCCAGACCUUCACCGUCAACUCCCAGACCGCGUACACCAUCCCCAUCUUGGCUUUCGCAUUCGUCUGUCACCCGGAGGUGCUGCCCAUCUACACAGAGCUGCGCAGAGCCUCGAAGCUGCGCAUGCAGAGUGUGGCGAACGUCUCCAUCCUGGCCAUGUUCAUCAUGUACCUGCUGACGGCCAUCUUCGGCUACCUCACCUUCUACGGGAACGUCGAACCGGAAAUGCUGCACACGUACAGCGAGGUGGAUCCCCUGGACCGGCUCAUCCUCUGCGUCCGCCUGGCCGUGUUGAUGGCCGUCACACUGACAGUGCCCGUGGUGCUCUUCCCGAUCCGCAGAGCCAUCCAGCAGCUACUCUUCCACGGGAAGGAUUUCAGCUGGGUUCGGCAUGUGAGCAUCGCUAUCUGCCUUCUGUUCUUGGUCAAUCUCCUGGUCAUCUUUGUCCCUAACAUCCGGGAUAUCUUUGGAGUCAUUGGCGCCACAUCCGCCCCCAGUCUCAUUUUUAUCCUCCCCAGCAUCUUCUACCUCCGCAUCGUUCCCAAUGAAAAAGAACCGCUGAGAUCCAGGCCAAAAAUCCAGGCUGCCUGUUUCGCUGCCCUUGGCUUCAUUUUCAUGGUGAUGAGUCUCGGCUUCAUCGUGGCUGACUGGGUGACGACUGGACGGAGCAGCGGCGGGGGGCACUGA